AUGAUCCNGGGUAGCAUCAUUUGGUCGGAUGAAGCCCAAUUCAAACUUAAUGGAACUGUCAAUAGGCACAAUUGUGUUUACUGGUGUGAAGAAAAUCCUCACAUUACAAUUGAAAAAGCUGUAAAUUUGCCUGGUGUAAAUGUGUGGUGCGGUUUGUCUUCAAGGGGACUCAUUGGACCUUUUCGAUUUGAAGGCACUGUAACUGGUAUUAAUUACCUAACAAUGCUUGCUGAUUCCAUAUUUCCUGCCAUUCGUGCAUUAUACGAUAAUGAUGAUUUUUAUUUUCAACAAGAUGGUGCUCCGCCGCACUAUCACAGGGACGUACGAGCUUACCUGGAUCAAAAUUUGCCGGGCCAGUGGAUAGGACGCAGGGGGCCAAUCGAGUUUCCACCACGCUCUCCAGACCUUACACCACUGGAUUUCUUCUUGUGGGGCACAGUAAAAGAUGAGGUGUACAAACGUAAACCACGUAACCUAGACAUUCUUUGGAAUGAGAUUCAAGCAGUGUGUAGAGAAAUCUCAUUGGACGUUUUGAUACGAUGUACAGAAUCUGUGGUGACUCGUACUCAGAAUUGUAUUGAUGCUGCAGGUCACCAAUUUGAACAGUAUUAACAUUUGUUAUUUAUGUUUCAUUUACAUUGGAC